AUGAAAGUCACAUCACCUUCUAAAGCUCUAAAAUCACCGUGGGAUUAUGACUUUUUAAUUUAUAAUGGCGUCAUAGACAAGACAGCCCUGGACUUCUUAGCAUUCAAGGCACAUUUUAGUUCAUCUUGGGGAAGUACCUUCUCUCUCUUAGAACACAUCGAGAAGUUUCUCAGGGACUAUGCAAUUCCAGAAGUCAAAAUAAAAGGGAACAAUUUGGUAGCCCUCCUUCCAGAGUUUGAGCUGAAGAAUAAACUUACCAAAGACGACCUUCUCUCAGUGGUAGAGAACCCAGUCGCCAUCCAAAAGAUGUUAAACCUCCCUGGGCAAAGGUACAAGGGCCAAGGUGGAAAGUUAAAGGCUGUCAGAAAGAUCCAAGCCACGUGGAAAGGUUACAAAGCAAGAAAAGCCUUCCUCACAUUUUGCCAGCAGAAGUGGGCGUCAGGUGUGAUUGCCAUCGCGUGGCUCCUGCAUUGCCAUAAGACCCGAAUGAAGAAGAUCCUGAAGGAAUCACGUGAAAGACACCUGCAGAAUUUUCGCCUUCGAGCCAAGCAUCUGGCAGCCAAAUGGAAUCGCAUCAGGACCUCCAGGAGGACCAUUAUCCAUAUCCCAUCAUUAGGAUAUUCCCAGCCUGUGCGACAAAAUAUUGCUGACUUCAACACACAGCAGAACAUGCAGCUGGGACGGCUGUGUGACAUCUUAGAUGACAAUGUGAGCGUCAUCUACAUCUGCUCCCAUCAAAUGAAUGAUGAGUUACUGCUGUAUUACAAUAAAAUCCUGAGUCUACAGGCAGCUGUCAAAUCAGGAAACCUUGAGGACAGAAGUGACCUGCAGGACAGGUUCAAAAUCAUCACCCCUGAAGCUAUAAAGAUCUUCACUAUGAUAGAACAGCUGAGUCAGCUGGUCACUGAUCACCUGGGAAUCCAACGCUGGGUCUUUAAAAUGGACUAUGAGUUCGGAGGAAACGGGACUGCGUUUUGUGACAUUCUUCCUCACCUCAAGUGCCACCAGUGGGUCCUAAAGGAGAGCAGUAGAUAUAGCCGUGAAGACUGGAACAAGAAAUGGGCACAGGAGCCAGCUUUGGUGAAGAUCUCCGAGGAGCUGGCGGGCAUUUUAGCACAGCACGCUCAGCCAGUCAAUGAGAAACGCUUCCCGACGUGGAGGAAAUUCCUCCACACAUUUCUCAGUCAAGGAGGCGUGAUCGAAGCUUACCCACCUGCAGAAAGUGUCACCAACCUGACGGUGGACAUGGUGAUAGAGCCCAACGGAGAAAUCAGGGUGCUGUCAACGGGGGACCAGUUUCAUGCAGAAGGCCCCUUUAUCUCCUCCGGUACCACCGUGCCUCAGACCUCAGUGGAUCCCCAAGUUCUCAUUUCUUUGUGCCUCCAAAUUGGAAAUGCUUGUAAAAUGAGAAAUGUGAUUGGUUACUUUUCUGUAGACCUGGUGACCUUUAUUGACCCAAGCACCAUGGAACAGCAGGUGUGGGCAACAGACCUCAACCUCUCAUACAGUGACCAGCUGGCCCUGACUCAGCUCACCUUAUACCUGACCGACGGCCACCUGGACUGCAGGGUUAGCGCCCUUACAGUGCCCCGCCCUGUUCCCAAGAAAGAGAAGAAAAUGAACCGUCUUGAUGCCCUGUCAGUGCCGUCGCAGGCCACCCAUCGCUAUGCAGUGAUGACCACCCAGCUGAGGCACGACAACCUCUCGCUGGUUUUCCACUAUGUUUUUCUCCAGACGUGUAAGGCCCAUGGCAUCGGCUAUGACAUCGAGAACAAUCGGUGA